AUGGAAUCCUUCCACAUCAAUUGGACAUCAUGGGAUAACAAUUACUAUUACAGCAACAUAAGCUUCAACUACAGCGAGAACAUAAAUAAGACUGACCAGAAUGAUGACUUUGAUACAGAGCUCUUCUUAGAGUGGGUAAAUUGGAUCACCAUUGCAAUCGGACUUCCUUUGACCCUGGUGCUUAUUAUGGCAAUUAUUGCACAGUUUAAAAAGGACCAAGGUGCGUCGGUGUACGUCAUGAACCUUUUCAUUUCUGAUCUAAUUCAGCUCUGCAGCAGGAUUCCAAUGAGUGUAUCUGGAGAUGAAAUCAUCCCUGGUUUAUUCCUUGUUUGGGGAUUAUUGGUCAGUGUCGGAUUCAUGAUAUGUAUCUCAGUUGAAAGGUAUAUGGUCAUUGCUAAACCAUUAUGGUACAAAUUCAGGAGAAACAUCAAAACAUCUGCUUCAGUUUGUAUUUUGGUCUGGAUCCUCCCUCUUCCUGUGAUGCUACUGAUUUAUUUCAUUCCAAACAAUGAGAUCUAUAAAUAUAUUAUUGUAAUAUUUCUCCUCUUUCCAUUUCCCUUGUUCAUUGCUUUCUUAAUUGGGACUAUCAAAGCACUGUCUGGAGCUCAUAGUGUUCCGGCAGAUGAGAAAAGAAGAAUUGUAACUAUUCUGGUAGUAGUGCUGCUUCUUUAUACUCUGCUAUUUUUGCCCAUUAUUAUUUGGUACCUGAUAGAAAACAACUUGAUUCUUCUGAUUGUUAUAAUUGUUUGUAUUUACUUAAGUCCACUUGCAGACACAAUUUUCUAUAUGCUGAUUCGGAAAAGCAUUCUGGACAAGUUUUUAGCAUCGCUGUGUUUUUGCAAAAUGUCCAGCAAUCAGGAGAUGAGCAGCAUGGAUAGUGACAAGACGAUAGCUCCAGCUGAAACAGUUUAA